AAUUUUUUUUAAAACCAAACAAGAGAGAGAGGGAUUUUGCUUGGACAGAAGUGCAAGAAAAAUGGGGACGGACGGACCUCCGGAGAACGAUUGCUGUACGGUCUGCCAUGAUGACUUCAACGUCCCCUGUCAGGCCAAUUGCUCUCACUGGUUUUGCGGAAAUUGUAUUAUGCUUGUUUGGCAACAUGGUUCAGCACUUCAGCCAUGUAAAUGUCCCUUGUGUCGUCGUCAAAUUACUCUUUUGGUUCCAAGUGAGACAUCAGUAAGACAGCGUGAUAACCAUGAUGUUGCUGAGGUUCUAAGAAAGAUAGAAACAUACAAUCGUAUGUUUUCUGGGCAUUCCUGUAGCAUCAUUCAGAGAAUGCAAGAUCUCCCUUUUCUGCUACGCAGGCUGUGGCGAGAACUAUUAGAUCCUCGGAGAUCUCUUCCACUUUUCAUCAGGGCUCGUGUCUAUAUUGCAACGGCACUAAGUCUUGUCUACGUGCUGAGUCCAGUGGACAUCAUUCCAGAAGGAAUAUUGGGCAUAGUUGGUCUCUUGGAUGAUUUCCUUAUAGUGCUCAUCUUCUUCUUUCAUAUUGCUGCAAUUUAUCGUUCGGUACUCCACUAUCGCCACGGUGGUUCAUCACAAACUUAAAAUGCCUACCAAAAAAUUUCAGGGUAGAGCCCAGAGAAUUCAUAUAAACUUGGCGAUUCUUCAUUUUACAUGCAAAACAGAGUACAAAUUCACUUCCUGGAUAUAUAGAAUUUGUACCCGAUACUUAGAGCUUUUCGACAAGCAUUUCGACUGUGUUUGCUGUUUGUUUCUCUCUUUUUUUUUAUUUUAUUUUUUAUUUUAUUUUAUUUUUUUUAAUUUACUUUUGAGAAACUUGUUAUGGUCAUUUUGUGUUGAGCCUGUGGACAGAAGGAACUGAAAGCUGUAAAACAUGUAUUUUUUUGCUGUUUGAUUUUUCCAGCUUCUGGCUAGGAUCUCUCUGUGUGAAACAUGUUUUAUGGGAAAUCUGUAAGUCUCUGUGUGUGAUUAGAAGGGUGUUUCCCACGUUGCAUUAAUUCGUUUAAAUUAUUUAAUAUUGGUUCAUA